CACCGUAGGGUUUAAGACUCCCGCCUUCCCUUGCUGCCUGGGAGAAGCUCGAUUGCUGCUGCGAUGGAGACACACACCACCGUUAGACUGUGAACACAAAUCGCCCUCGAUCGCCAUCCGUAGAAACCAACCUGGUCUCGUCUUGGACUCUUGGCCGACCGGCCAAUUCCAGUUGCGAAGGCCGAUCGCCUGCUGCGAGGAAUACACCGCUAUCGGACUGCCGUCGCCGCUGGACUGCGAAAGCCGAUGACCCUCGCUUGUUGAGUAUGUAGACAACGCCAUGGAUGAAACGCCAACGAUCGUCGCCUCCAACGAAUGUAGAUCGCCAUCCGCCAGCAGCCAGCCGGCGACGGACACCGUCUCUCGCCGUUCGCAGUCGAAGGGAGAAACACGAAGCAACGCAGAUCCUACGCUCGCCGGAAACACUCCAUGCUACGCCGGGAAGAAGAACAUCCGAAAACAGAGGAGGGAGACGCCGCUGCUGUCACUAACCCGCAUCACAAGCUCGCACCACCGUACUGCCUGGGAGAGGGAGGGACCAUCCGCCAUAGCCGCUGCUCGGAAGGAGCUGAGGUUGCCGGUGGCCCUGUCCACGUCGAAUCGGCUGAGAGAGAGACACAGCCUAGGAUGGUCUGCUCGCUGCUUGCUAGUUGGAGAGGAGGAGCACUACUGGUUCGCAGCUCGCUGACUGCCGGAGGCGCUGCUGCUCGACGCCACCGUCACCGCUGUUGCUUCCCAUCACUGCCGUCGACCAAGAGAAGCGAGAGAGGGAGAAGGUGAUGCCUUGCUGUUGGUUCGUGAGCUACUGCCAGCCUACUCCGCCGGGAAAGCCUCGCCGGACUGCCGAGAGAGAAGAGAGGGAGACGGAAGAUGCCGCCUUUGCCGCUGCACUUCAUUGCCGCCAAUGACGAGAAGGGAUUGAAGAUGAAGGUUCCUGGUUUCUCCGCCGGAGUUGGAUGAAGAGGUACGAUAGAGAGCUUGAGGUUCAUAAGGCCUUGGUUCACCGGUCAUGGAGGUGGUUCGAACAAGAAGACGGUGGUAAUAGAGUAAUUGGCGCCGAUCGGUUCAAUAGGGAAGAAGAAAGA